AUGUCGCGAACCCAUUCAUUACAGGACGUUGCUCAGCACAACUCGGCAAGUUCCUGUUGGGUCAUUAUCAGUGACAAGGUCUAUGAUGUUACUGAUUUCUUGCCUGAACAUCCGGGCGGCGCAAAAAUCAUCUUGAAAUAUGCGGGUCGAGAUGCAACGGCGGCGUACGAGCCCAUUCAUCCUCCUGAUGCCUUAGACAAGAACCUGCCGCCGGAGAAGCAUCUGGGUAGUGUUGAUACUUCGAGUGCCAAGACACUUCAGCAAGAACGCGAAUCCCGGAAGAAGACCAAAGAUGAGAUUCGUAUGGAGCAGGCUCAAACUAGGAAGCCUCAAAUCAACCAAAUUUUGAGUCUGCGGGAUAUGGAGAACGUUGCCCUCAAUGUGAUUUCCUACAAGGCGAAGGCAUACUAUUAUUCUGCUGCUGAUGACGAACUGACGAAUGCCGAAAAUGCUCGUGCCUUCUCUCGCUUCUUUUUCCACCCACGGGUGCUCCGGCCAAUAUCAAAAGUCGAUGUCUCCACUAGUAUCCUCGGUAUCAAAUCGUCUAUACCAGUGUUCGCCAGUGGAGCUGCGCUUGCUAAGCUUGGACAUCCCCUCGGCGAAGCCAACAUCACUCGCGGCGCGGGCCGUACCAACAUCAUCCAGAUGGUAUCCUCCAACGCGUCCCUCUCGCCCUCACAAAUAGCGGAAGCCCGUCUGUCGCCCUCGCAGCCGCUCUUCUUCCAGUUAUACAAGCAUGGGGACAACCGCGUCGCAGAACAGCGAGUGCGCGAGGUCGAGAACCUCGGGUACAGGGCCAUCUUCUUAACUGUGGAUGCACCUGUCUCGGGUAACCGUGAACGCGACAUUCGCGCGCCAUUCGAACUUGAGGAACAAAGGCGCGAGUCGGACACGUCUACCGCUCCCGACGCCCAGAGGACGACUGGGGAGAUGCCGAGGCAACCCGAAGAUGCUGAGAAGGAGUUGGAUAAUCAAGUCAAUUUCUUCGGAACUGCGGGCGCACUCUUGGCGAACAUGGAUCUGGACAUGACGUUCACCAAGGACGCUGUGCUUGCCGCAGAGGCGGGUGUAGACGGCAUACUACUCUCAAACCACGGCGGCGAUUCGCUACCGCCUCUAGAAGUCUUGUACAGACUGCGUCAGCAGCGUCCAGAUGUAUUCGACAAGCUGGAAGUGUAUAUCGAUGGUGGUGUACGCCGAGGAACAGACGUGUUGAAAGCGCUAUGCCUGGGUGCGAAAGCAGUCGGUCUCGGGCGACCGUUCUUGUACGCGCAAAGUGCUUACGGCGAGGCUGGCGUCGUCCAAGCUGUGCGUAUUCUUCAGCGCGAGAUCGUCCUCGGAAUGCGUCUUCUGGGUGCGACGAGUGUCAGCGAACUGGUUCCCGAGAUGGUGGAGAGGGUGGACUGGCAACCACAUCUCGCCAAGCUAUGA